AUGCAGACUGCUUCUGCAAACAUUUGUGAAAGAAUGGGUCGCUCUCAGGAGCUCAGUGAAUUCAAGUGUGGUACUGUGAUAGGUUGCCACCUGUGCAAUAAGUCCAUCCAUGAAAUUUCCUUGCUACUAAAUAUUCCACGGUCAACUGUUAUUGGUAUUAUAACAAAGUGGAAGCAACUGGGAACAACAGCAACUCGGCCACCAAGCGAGCGGGGUCAGUGCAUGCUGAAGCUCACAGUGCACAGAAGUCACCAACUGUCUGCAAAGGCAAUAGCUAAAGACCUCCAAACUUCAUGUGGCCUUCAGAUUAGCACAAUAACAGUACAUAGAGAGCUUCAUGAAAUCAGUUUCCAUGGCCAA